AGCGUGCUCGGUCACUGCGCAUGCGUAAAUCCCGGUGUCCGGUGUCAGGCUGUCAGCAGCUGUUGAGACCAUGAACGGACCGAAGCAGAAAAGAAAACACCCAGAAUAACCGAGUGAGUGGACCCGGCACCGAGUCAGGGCUGAGCCGGUACCGAGCCGGGACUGAUCCGCGAAGCUGCUCCGAAGCUACCGGAGCAUCAGCUGUUAUCUAACGGGACCCUGCGGCGCACUGACGGGCCACGGGCUCAUGGUUACCACGCUGCACGCACUGACCCGUUCUGACCGGUACUGACCCGGGUCACUUGGUGGACGAUCGGAACCACCAGGCGGACUGUCUCCGGGUUUCUCCGCCGGCUUCUGGUGCAGUUUAGCCGGCUAACGGAGGCUAACGAGCUAGCUGCCAGUGGACCACGAGCCCGGCCGGGACAAACCGCUCUGACCCGGUUUGGUUUAAGGACCGGGAGCCAAGAUGCUGAUAGCAGCAGUUGGAGCAGGAAGUGGAAACAGUGCCUCCACUGGAAAGAAACACAGACGGAGAGGCAAAAAACACAGACGGGUCAGAACGGACGAGAGCCGGCCUGAUGACCUCUGUGACCUCCAGACUCUAAAUGUUGACAGCAGUCCUCCCCCAGCAUUGUUGCACAGUUACCAUCAAACCACCCAGCUGCCCCCCAAGAACUCCACCACAUCUCCAGGAAACACUCCACCAUGUACCGUAGACCUCCAUGAAUCCACCACAGCACCUCGACAGAACCUUGUACAUCCCACCAUGGUUCCCACUGAACCCACCACGGUUCCCACUGAACCCACCACGGUUCCCACUGAACCCACCACGGUAUCCACUGAACCCACCACGGUAUCCACUGAACCCACCCUUCUUUCCCCCCAGGAUGUGACCCGGACCCCCUCACCGCAUCCUCAGAGCUCCCUGAACACGCCACCCUUCCUGGAUGCAGUAGAUACCCCUGUACCUCCUGAACGUACCCCCCACACUGCCCCGCUGCCCUGUCUAAAGGUCACUGUUCCAGUGACUCACCAGAUUUUCAACCAGUCACUUCCCGCUACAUCUCAAAAUCCUGCCCACAGUCCGAGUCAGUCACCGCCAACUGAAAACUUUACCCACAAUUCCUCCAGAUUGCCUCACAGAACUCUUGAAAAUGUGACUCAGCGUCUUUCUGAUGGCCAAUCAAAUUGCUCCAAAUCACCUCCACCUAUACCACACAAUAUUACCCACAAUGCCUCAGAACUACCAUCGCCUGCCAAAGCUGCUCUCAGCCCUCCGUUAAGCCCCUCCCACCCAGAUCCCGUCCUGCUGACCUCGGUGACUUUCACCUCCAGUGUCUCCUCCCACCUCUACAGCCCGGUCUGCUCCUCCUCCUCCUCCUUCCUCCGCUCCCUCGACUCUAUCAGCCCCUCCAUUGGCCUGCUUCCCAUGAUGUCAUCAGCCACCCCACAACUGACCACACCCCCUCCAACUCUGGGCCCGUCCCCGCCCGAGUUAACCCCGCCCCCUGCCCAGCUGCUGGGCUCUGAUGAUGAAGAGCAGGAGGACCCGUCAGAUUACUGCAAAGGUGGUUACUAUCCCGUGAAGAUCGGUGAUCUGUUUAAUGGGCGGUACCAUGUGGUCAGAAAACUGGGCUGGGGACAUUUUUCUACAGUGUGGCUGUGCUGGGACCUGCAGAAGAAGCGUUUUGUGGCGUUGAAGGUGGUGAAGAGCGCUCCUCAUUACACCGAGACGGCUCUGGAUGAGAUUAAACUGCUCAGAUGUGUGAGAGACAGUGACCCCUCUGACCCCUACAGAGAGACCAUCGUCCAACUCAUAGACGACUUCAAGAUCUCAGGUGUCAAUGGAGUCCAUGUCUGUAUGGUUCUGGAGGUUCUGGGUCAUCAGCUGUUAAAAUGGAUCAUUAAAUCAAAUUACAUGGGACUUCCUUUAGUCUGUGUGAAGACCAUCAUCAGACAGGUACUGCAGGGUCUGGACUACCUCCACACAAAGUGUAAGAUCAUCCACACGGACAUCAAACCAGAGAACAUCUUAUUGGAUGUCGAUGACGUUUACAUCAGAAGAUUGGCGGCUGAGGCUACCAUCUGGCAGAGAGCUGGAGCCCCGCCCCCUUCUGGGUCAUCAGUUAGCAUGGCUCCCAGGGAUCUACAGGCUGGUAAACUGUCAAAGAACAAGAAGAAGAAGUUGAAGAGGAAAGCCAAGCGUCAACAGAGACUGUUGGAGGAAAGACUGAUGGACAUUCAGAAGAUGGAGGAAGAAGACGGGACGCAGCUACACCCUGAAGACACUGAUAGUAACUGCUCUCUGACUGUCAACGGAAACGCUUCCUGCUCCACAGCCAAUAGCAAAGCAAGCCCAGAGUCCGCCUCCUCCUGGUUGGAGGACAGGUGUAAUGGCCACGCCCCCGGUCGGUUCUCCAGCCCCGCCUCUGGCCUAUCAGGGUUCUCCAGCUCUGUGAUGUCAGCGACGUCUGAGUCAGCACUGUCUACUCAGUCAGGAUACUCAAGUGGACGAGAACUGUUCAGUGCCUCAGACUUCGUCCUCAGUCCUCUCGAUCCUCUGAACGCUCACAAACUCAGAGUGAAGAUUGCCGACCUGGGAAAUGCAUGCUGGGUGCACAAACACUUCACUGAGGACAUUCAGACCAGACAGUACCGAGCUCUGGAGGUUCUUAUUGGAGCAGAAUACGGACCGCCGGCUGACAUCUGGAGCACCGCCUGCAUGGCGUUUGAGUUGGCGACAGGCGAUUACCUGUUUGAACCUCAUUCAGGAGAAGAUUACACCAGAGAUGAAGAUCACAUCGCUCACAUCAUCGAGCUGCUGGGGCCGAUUCCUUUGCCCUUCGCUCAGUCUGGCAGGUACUCCAGAGAGUACUUCAACAGGAGAGGUGAGACUGUCUGUCUGUCUGUCUGUCUGUCUGUCUGUCUGUCUGUCUGUCUGUCUGUCUCACCUGUUUCACCUGUCUCUCCUGUCUCACCUGUUUCACCGGUCUGGCCUGUCUCAGGUGAGCUGCGUCACAUCUCCAGUCUGAAGCCGUGGGGUCUGUUUGAGGUUCUGUUGGAGAAGUACGAGUGGCCGUUGGACCAGGCGGCUCAGUUCAGUGACUUCCUGUUGACCAUGUUAGAGCUGCAGCCUGAACGCCGUGCAACCGCCGCCGAGUGUCUACAGCACGCCUGGCUACACACAUAAACACACACUCACACACACACACACACACACACACACACACGUUGGGGUGUUAGAAGUGUCUGUCUGUCAACGUUGAGUUCAUGUGUGUUUGGAAAUUAUCACCUCGACUGACUGUCUGAUUGAUUGAUUGAUUGAUUGAUUGAUUGAUUGAUUGAUUGAUUGAUUGAUUGAUUGAUUGAUUGAUUGAUUGAUUGAUGUGUCUCAUUAGGGCCAAACGUCCGUCUGAAUACGAUGAGGACUGUAAUCAAUAUAAUUUCCUGUUUGUGACUCAGAAUCAGAUUGUUAGUUUAUAAGCAAAAAUCACAUUUACCUAUGUCUAGUAACGAGUCAUUGUAACGAGUCCUCUUAAAGUCCAGACGUUUGGAUUCACAAGUGACCUCAUCUCUGCUGACCUUUGAUCUCCAGCAGGUCACAUGAUGCUGUUUAAAACUUCAGUCGAGGUUUAAUUUCCCUGCAAAAAUCAGCUGAUUUCAUCUUGUCUGAUUUCUAAUGAGUCAGCUGAUUUCUCUUUAAAUGUUUUUUUUCUUUGAUUUUUUUGUGAUUUAUUUACUUUUGACAGAUUUUAUGUUUUUCUAAAUUUUACUUCCUGUCGCUUUAUGAAACUUAUUGAUUAUUGAUCAGAGACUUCUAAGAUCCUGAACCUCUGUGAUGACGAUGAUGAUGAUGAUGAUGAUGAUGGUUUAAACGAGCACACAGUAGCUAACUCUCUCAUUGACUCUGAUCACAGUAUAUUGAUGACAGUAUUGAUCUCUGUAGCUCACAGUGAGUUGUCCUCAGAUGACCUUUGACCUCUCACCUGUUUCUAUGUUCAUAUAAUGAAUAGUGCCUUGAAAAUGACCCCGCCCCCUCCUGCCUGUCACAGUGACAUCAGCAGUGACAUCACUUUCUUUUCUACGUGUGUCCCUCUGUGUGGAAUGUUUCUUCUGUGAAAAUAAAUAUGAAUGAAUGCUUGUCUCA